AAGAAGUCAUGAACAUCAUCUACUCUGUUGAUAACCAAAAGAGGCGAACGUUAAAACGGUUUCACUCUCCACUCCACAGUUUCAUUGUCUCUCAAAGCAUUGAGGUCUGGUAAAUAUCUCCAGUAUCUCUUCAGUUUUGUUCACAAUGCCUGCAUCACUAUUUCGGCAGGCCGGGCGCACAGCUGCCAAAUGCUCGUUGCGACCCACCACUACCCUUCGUCCCUCAACCUCAAGAGCCUCAAUUCGAGCAUUCUCAGCACUCGCAGCACGUAGAUACGCAGAGCCAUAUGAGGGCACAAAAUUAGUUCCUACCGAUGAACAUUUCGGAAUUGUCAAUACUUAUGAUAAUGCAAGCUUAGCUCACGAGAAUACGCAGGAAGGCGAGCAUGUGGAGAAAAGGAAGAUUCGCCAUUAUACAGUUAACUUUGGUCCUCAACAUCCGGCAGCUCACGGUGUGUUACGUUUAAUUCUGGAGCUCAAUGGAGAGGAAAUCGUGCGGUCAGAUCCUCAUGUCGGUUUAUUGCAUCGUGGAACCGAGAAGUUGAUCGAAUAUAAGACAUAUAUCCAGGCCUUACCAUACUUUGAUCGAUUGGAUUACGUUUCUAUGAUGACCAAUGAGCAAUGUUUCUCUUUGGCUGUUGAGAAGUUGUUAAAUGUUGAGAUUCCUGAGAGAGCAAAAUGGAUCCGAACGCUUUUUGGUGAAAUUACUAGAGUUUUGAAUCAUCUCAUGUCGGUUUUGUCUCACGCAAUGGAUGUUGGUGCUCUUACACCUUUCUUGUGGGGUUUUGAGGAACGUGAGAAGCUUAUGGUAAGAAAUUUCUAUUAUUAUGACUUUUGACUAUUUAAAAAUGUGAUGAUGCUAAUAUCCACCGUAGGAAUUCUAUGAACGAGUUUCGGGAGCCCGCUUGCACGCUGCAUAUAUUCGUCCAGGUGGUGUCCAUCAAGAUAUCCCAGUUGGACUCCUUGAUGACAUCUAUCAAUGGGCCACUCAGUUUAGUGAUCGUAUUGAUGAGACGGAAGAACUACUUACCGAUAAUAGAAUUUGGAUUGGAAGAACGAAAGGAGUUGGUGUUGUUUCAGCCGCCGAUGCUUUGAACUUAAGCUUUACUGGUGUCAUGCUCCGAGGAAGUGGUGUUCCAUGGGAUGUCCGUAAGAGUCAACCAUAUGAUGCAUAUGGCGAAGUAGAGUUUGAUGUACCAGUCGGUGUCAACGGUGAUUGCUACGAUCGAUACCUCUGCAGAAUGGAGGAAUUUAGACAAUCCCUGCGAAUUAUUCAUCAAUGUUUGAAUAAGAUGCCAGCUGGACCAGUCCGAGUAGAAGAUUACAAGAUCUCGCCGCCACCUCGUGCUGCCAUGAAGGAGAAUAUGGAAGCACUCAUCCACCACUUUUUGCUAUUCACCAAGGGAUACACUGUUCCACCUGGAGAAACUUAUUCCGCAAUUGAGGCGCCAAAGGGCGAAAUGGGUGUGUACGUUGUAAGUGACGGAAGUGAAAGGCCAUACCGAUGUAAGAUCCGCGCGCCAGGUUUCGCCCACUUAGGUGGAUUCGAUCAAAUUUCGAGAGGACAUCUGCUUGCUGAUGCAGUUGCUAUCAUUGGUACUAUGGAUUUGGGUAAGUUGCUAUGAAAACAUUUGUCGCUUCGCUUGUAGAUCCAUGCUAACAUACUCGCAGUCUUCGGAGAAGUUGAUAGGUAGUCGGGGUUCCAAUAGAAAGGAAAGUGAGGAAAGAAAAUUAGAUGCCGGUGAUGGUACAGUUGUUCUAAGCGAAUCUGGCGCAAAUUUUCUCUUUUGUUCUCAAUGUAUAAAUUCUAAGUGAAAGGCUGAGUUAACAUAGUUUCCAGCUUUUCCAGCUUUUCACCAUAUAAAUGACCCGUUCAA